UUUCCACGACACUAUGUGCGCGUGUGUGGAGUAGCCGGUAGGCGCGUUAUAUAAGUGAACCUGCGCUUUUCUACAGUACACCAUCCAUCAUACUUCCACGCACAUACGCUGGGGUUUUCAGCCUUCGAACGAAAUGGCUAAACAAGUUGCUGUUGUCACCGGCGCUAACAAGGGUAUUGGACUCGCAAUUGUGCAGGGGUUGUGCAAAGCUGGCUAUGCUGGAGAUAUCAUACUCACUGCGCGUAACGAGAAACUCGGACAGGAGACGUUGCAAAAACUGAAGUCCGAGGGAUUCAACAACGUGCUCUUUCACCGUCUUGAUAUCUGCGACCAAACUAGUGCCGAAGGACUCCGGAAAUUCCUAGAUAAGAAUUACGGCGGUUUGGAUGUCUUGAUCAACAAUGCUGGGAUUGCAUUCAAAGUGGAUGCCACAGAGCCGUUCGGAGAGCAGGCGGAGGUCACCAUGCGCACCAACUUCUGGGGCACCCUGUGGGCGAGCAAGGCCCUGCUGCCGCUGCUCCGGCCCAACGCACGAGUGGUCAACGUCUCCAGCUUCUUCAGCAAGCGCGCUCUGGACAAGUGCAGCCCAGAGUUACAGGCAAAGUUCCGCAGUGCAGAUAUCUCAGAGGAGGAGCUGUGUGGACUUAUGGGAGAGUUUGUGGUGGCAGCUCAGAAUGGAAACCAUGAGGCCAAAGGAUGGCCAAACACUGCCUAUGGGGCCACUAAGGUAACGCCAAACACCGCCUAUGGGAUCACUAAGGUAACGCUGUACACUGCCUAUAGAACCAGUAAGGUAACACCGGGAUCACUAAGGUAACGCUAUACACUGCCUAUAGAACCAGUAAGGUAACACCAACUAUGGGAUCUGUGGCACCACUAAGGUAAUGCCGAACACUCCUGUAUGGGCCAAGUAGCUGUAUUUUGUAUUAUGUAUAUUUUGGGUUAGCAUUAUGUCGUCUGUUUUUUGUUACAUGCCAGUAGAGGGCGCUCUUUGUAAUUUAGUAUAAAAACACGCCCCUUCUGUUCACCUGGUGCUUGUUAGUUGAGUGGAGAGGCAUACAGUUUUUCUACCGUGCAGUGCCUACCCAUGUCUUUGUAUGUGCUAUCGUACAAUUUGCUGCACCUAUUUGGAAUAAACAAAGAAAAGAA